UUCUGGUUUGGUUUCUUUUUUUUCUGGUCUUGGGUUCUUCCUCUUUCUCAUUGUCUACCACCCAUCCGUAUCCUUCCUCCUUCCUUUUCCACAACAUCUCCUACACAAAAAAUAAGGACCCAUCAUGACUGUCCAGGCCAAGUACCCCGACCCUGUCCGAGCCCUUCAAGACCUCGAGGCCGCCGGAACCAAGAAUCGUCGUGAUGGUCUUUCCGCCGAGGAACUUAUGGACUCGAUUACACAGGGUGGUUUGACCUACAAUGACUUUUUGAUUCUCCCAGGCUACAUCAAUUUCCAGGCCAAUGCCGUCCAGCUCGAGUCGAGAAUUACGAGGCGCAUUACUCUCAAGACGCCUUUCCUCUCGUCACCCAUGGACACCGUCACAGAGACUGACAUGGCCAUUGCCAUGGCUUUGCUUGGUGGUCUAGGUAUCAUCCAUCACAAUUGCACUCCGGAGCAGCAGGCAGAAAUGGUUCGCAAGGUCAAGAAGUUCGAGAACGGCUUUAUCACUGAUCCUGUCUGUUUGUCUGAGAAUCACACUGUUGCUGAUGUACUUACCAUUAAGGAGAAGUACGGCUUCUGUGGUAUCCCUAUUACCGAGAAUGGAAAGCUUGGUUCCAAACUUGUUGGUAUUGUCACCGCCCGUGAUGUUCAGUUUGUUAGUGAUCAUACCACUCUUCUCAAGGACUGCAUGACUACUGAUCUGGUCAUUGCUCAGGAAGGUGUUACUCUCGAGGAGGCUAACCAUAUUUUGCGCGAGUCCAAGAAGGGCAAGCUCCCUGUCGUCAACAGCAAGGGUGAGCUCUGCUCUCUCCUUGCUCGUUCCGAUCUACUCAAGAACCAGAACUACCCUCUGGCUAGCAAGGCAGCUCAUUCGAAGCAGUUGCUCUGUGGCGCCGCCAUCGGCACUCGUCCUGAUGACCGCGACCGUCUUGCUCUUUUAGUCGCUGCUGGGUUGGAUGUUGUUGUCUUGGAUUCAUCGCAGGGCAAUUCUUCCUUCCAAAUCGAGAUGGUCAAGUGGAUCAAGGCUACUUAUCCUGAUCUUGACGUUAUUGCUGGAAAUGUCGUUGUUUGGGAGCAGGCUGCCCGCCUUAUCGCUGCUGGCGCUGAUGGUCUUCGCGUCGGAAUGGGCUCCGGCUCAAUCUGCAUUACUCAGGAGGUCAUGGCUUGCGGUCGUCCUCAAGGUACUGCCGUCUACAAGGUUGCUCAAUAUGCUUCCAAGUAUGGUAUUCCUGUCAUUGCAGAUGGUGGUAUUGGAAAUAUUGGUCACAUUACCAAGGCCUUAGCUCUCGGAGCAUCGGGUGUGAUGAUGGGAGGUCUUUUGGCCGGUACAACUGAGUCUCCCGGCGAGUACUUUUACUUGGAUGGCCAGCGUCUCAAGAAGUACCGUGGAAUGGGAUCGCUCGAUGCGAUGGAGAAGGCCGGUGAUGGCGGCAACGGCUCAACCAAGCGUUACUAUUCCGAGGCUGACUCUGUGAAGGUUGCUCAGGGUGUCUCUGGCUCGGUUGUGGACAAGGGCUCGAUCAAGAAAUUUGUUCCUUAUCUCUAUACUGGUCUUCAGCACUCUCUCCAGGACAUUGGUGUUGACAGUAUUGAUACUCUUAAGGAGGGAAUGCGUCAGGGCACAGUUCGUUUUGAGCGCCGCACAGCUGCUGCUCAAGCAGAGGGUGGUGUUCACUCCUUGCACAGCUACACUAAGCGUCUCUUCUCAUAGAAGAAGAAAAAAAAAUAGGAGAAGAUGGUGGUAGAAUGCAAGAUUGCUCUCUUUUUUAUCUCAUUGUAGUCUAUCUGACUUGCUUCACUUCAUUUUCGCGGGUAUUAAUAUAAUUUCUUUUUCCAUUCUCAUUGUAUAAAACAUCCAUUCUUAAUAAAAAUCAUUAAGGC